CAUCUCUGAGACAGAGACGGAGUGACAGGCUGCGACCGGGAUUCAAAAGACGGAUAGGAAAUACUGUUUAAACAUGAAUUACAAAAUGACACCCAGCGAGUCAAAAUGCUUAAGUUAUCAUUAAUUAGCUCGACGUUGUUUCCUAGUUACAGUAGCUUGGCUGUGAGCUGAACGGAUAAAGCUAGCUAGCAACUCCGGCUGCCACAUAUCGGACCAAGUCUACAGAUAUUGAGUCCCAAUUGCUGUAAUCUUACUAACGUGAUUAUCCGCAAGAAACAGUUUGCUUGUACGCCGCUAAAAAAAAGAAAGUCGUGACAGGCGGACAGUCGGUUAGCGUAGUUAGCAACGCAGUUAGCAUGGUGGCUAACCCCGCUACGUUAACGUUACAUGACAUUAUUACGUUUCGGCUGCGCAUUCAACCAUGCCGUCAGUCGAGUGUGCUAAACCGGGCAGCCUGAUAACGACAGAACCGCUCCACUGUGUGUAACAUGUAAUCAUGUUUUAUUACAGAGGGACACAAGUAGCAAGUCAUAGUGGUGCUAACAUCGCAGCUAGCUAACCACCUCCAGAUGCUGUGUUCAAAAUAUCAAGCGCCAAAAAACAGCUGAGAUGCAGUAAGAGCCCCUCAGAUCGGGGGCUGUCAUCAGCAUAGACAACACAGUAACUUGUUUUUCCAUAUUAUUAUGUCUUAGUGGUGUAUACCGUUAUAUAGUAAGUAGUACAAGUUAUACGUACUUCAAUAAUACAUAUUGAAAAUAUGAGUUUGGUUGUAAUGUAUAUUGUUUCUUUACCCACAAUAAACACAUUAUUACUCCUUUAUUGCCAAGAUGCAAAACCAUUGAUGUGUGCAAUGCUAUUUAUUUUUCAGUUCAAAGGCACAUCGAUCCACAUCAAUGUAACAGCACGGGUUCGUUGUGCGUUUUAUAAAUGUCGUUCCCUUAGCCUGAUAUGAAGCCAUUAAAAACAGACUCAACACGUAAGAUUUUAACAUGGAGCACAAAAGGUUUACUGCAGACAUUUAAUUUAACAUACAAACAAUGUUAAACAGGCAAUUGGCACAGGCGGUUAAACAUGACAAAUUAAUAUGACCUAACAAAACAAAGGUAAAAUAAACAAAAAAAAAAACAGUUUAAUGGCAGGUCAGGAUUUAAAAAAUAACUAAGAUUAAGGAUUAUAAGGGUCACUAGUAUAUAGUGCAAUAUUUACAGUAAUUAGUCCGAUUUUAAGAGGAAAUGUGAAGAGGACCAUCCACCCUAUAAACCACAGUCACUGACAAAAGGGGCAUUAGUGUGGGUUGUGCUUUGUUCCCAUAAAAGGCUUCAAGGCUCUGACUUGUGGCUACCAGUGUUAAAAUCAAGCUGCAAGGCCUUCAUUAUCAGCUGAAGCAUGCUCUUGGCCCAGAUAAACCGGGACUCCCAGGGAAUGGAGUUUCACGAUGCAGACGGGCAGCCGGUCACCCUCUGUCUGACGGAGGCUGUGAGCGUGUCAGAUGGCGAUCAGAUGGAGAGCAUGGACACCGUGAGCCUGCAGGCUGUCACUCUGGCGGACGGAUCCACUGCAUACAUCCAGCACGACUCCAAAUCGUCCUUUUCGGAUGGACAGGUCAUGGACGGACAGGUGAUCCAGCUGGAGGACGGCUCAGCGGCCUACGUUCAGCAUGUGUCGAUGCCCAAAGGAGGGGACAGUUUACAACUUGAAGAUGGACAAGCAGUUCAGCUGGAAGAUGGAACAACCGCCUACAUCCACACACCCAAAGAUGCAUAUGACCAGAGCGGCCUGCAGGAGGUGCAAUUGGAGGAUGGCAGCACCGCCUACAUCCAGCACACGCUGCACAUGCCCCAGUCCAACACCAUCCUGGCCAUCCAGGCUGACGGCACCAUCGCGGACCUGCAGGCCGAGGCCACGGCCAUCGACCCCGAGACCAUCAGCGUGCUAGAACAGUACACCACCAAGGUGGAGAACAUUGAAAACCCUUUGGGGUCCUUCGGCAGAGUGGAAGCAGACAACGGCGUCCACAUGCGGAUCGUGUUACAAGGUCAAGACAACAGGUCGGUGAGGAGCUCAAACGUAGGAGAGAAGUCUUUCCGCUGUGACUACGAUGGCUGUGGAAAGCUCUACACCACCGCCCACCAUCUCAAGGUACACGAGCGCUCGCACACUGGAGACAAGCCGUACAUCUGUGAAUAUCCAAGCUGUGGGAAGAAGUUUGCAACAGGGUACGGACUCAAGAGUCACUCACGCACACACACGGGGGAGAAGCCAUAUCGAUGUCAAGAACUGAACUGCUGCAAGUCCUUCAAAACAUCUGGAGACCUUCAAAAGCACACAAGGACUCAUACAGGAGAGAAGCCUUUCAAAUGUCCGGUGGACGGCUGCGGCAGAUCCUUCACCACCUCCAACAUCCGCAAAGUCCACAUCCGAACGCACACCGGGGAGCGGCCGUACUACUGUGCCGAGCCGAGCUGUGGCCGUUCGUUUGCCAGUGCCACCAACUACAAGAACCACAUGAGGAUACACACUGGAGAGAAACCUUAUGUCUGCACCGUGCCGGGCUGUGAAAAGCGCUUCACGGAAUACUCGAGCCUUUACAAACACCACGUGGUUCACACGCCCUGCAAACCGUACAACUGCAACCACUGUGGGAAGACCUACAAGCAGAUCUCCACUCUCGCCAUGCACAAACGCACAGCGCACAACGACACGGAGCCCAUCGAGGAGGAGCAGGAGGCCUACUUUGAACCCCCAACAGACGCCAUCGAUGACCCCAACGCCAGCUACACCACGUCGGUUGUUGAGGCAGACGACUCUGGCUCAGAGCAGGUUCCCGUGGAGGGCUCGGACAUGAUUUGUCAGCAGCACGUCGCCUUGGUAACGCAGGAGGACGGGACCCAACAGCAGGUCAGCAUCUCCGAAGCGGACUUGCAAGCUAUGGGUGGAACAAUCACCAUGGUAACUCAGGAAGGCACAACCAUAACCAUCCCGGCCCACGAACUGACGACGCACGGCGGUCACUCAGUCACCAUGGUAACAACAGAUGGCUCAGAGGAACAGGUGGCCAUCAUGACGCCGGACAUGGCCGCGUUCCAAACCGUGGAGGAGGCCGGCUACAGCCAAGAGCAGGAUGACAUUCAUCCUGUCACAUUACUCGCCACCUCCAACGGCACUCACAUUGCUGUGCAGCUCAGCGAUCAGCCUUCGCUGGAGGAAGCCAUCAGAAUAGCAUCAAGAAUACAGCAAGGGGAGUCGCUGGGCCUGGAUGAUUGAUGAAUGAAUUAGGAUUUUAAAGAAAAACACAUCUCACUUGGACUAUACGAGAGAAAUCACACGUCUUCCUCCAUGUGUUUUUUCCUUUUUUUCCCUCUAAAGAACUUAGCUUUUAUGUGUACAUAGGAUUUUGAUAACUGGACUUCUACUCUGCUUCUUUGUUCCCGUUGGGAGAGGGGAAAAUGCCUUCUUAUGUUUAUGGUGCAGAGUGCACAGUUGAGUGUACAGCUAAUGCUAUUUCUAAUAAAGAAAAAAAGAAGUGUCA